UUUAUUAUUAUUUACAUAUCUGCAGCUGUACCGCACGAAUGGCGUUACCGCAAAUAUAAUUAUUAUUAUCAGAAUAGUAUUAGAUGUUUUGGAACAGUAUAACAAGUGAAAAGAAGCAGCAAUGAAUUUGCAGUUAUUAGAAUCAUUCGGCCAAAACUACCCGGAAGAAUUCGAUGGUUCGCUGGAUUGCAUCUCACUGGCGGUGACAUGUGCCUUCAACAAGUACGGAACGUUGCUUGCCGUGGGCUGCAACGAUGGACGAAUAGUAGUGUGGGACUUUCUCACGAGGGGCAUCGCCAAGAUCAUUUCCGCCCACGUUCACCCGGUGUGCAGUUUGUGUUGGUCCCGAAACGGUCACAAGCUGUUGUCAGCUUCCACGGACAAUAAUGUCUGCAUCUGGGACGUGCUCAGCGGAGACUGCGAACACAAGUAUCGGUUUCCGUCGCCGAUCCUGAAGGUGCAAUUUCAUCCGAGAAACGAUAACAAGUUUCUGGUUUGCCCUAUGCGGUAUGCGGCGGUUUUGGUCGAUAUCGGUGGAAAGCAUCAGUGUUUGCCGCUGGAUAAUGAUGGAGAUUUGAACAUUGUAGCUUCAUUCGAUCGGAGAGGAGAGCAUAUCUAUUCGGGCAAUGCUAAAGGAAAAAUCCUUGUGCUGAAUUCUCACACUCUCGAAAUCGUUGCCAGUUUCAAAAUUGCGGUGGGAACUUCCAGCGCGACAGCCGUGAAAAGUAUAGAAUUCGCUAGAAGGGGAGAAGCAUUUUUGGUAAACACCUCUGAUCGAGUGAUUCGGGUAUACGACUCGAAGGAAGUUGUAACUUGCGGGAAAGAAGGCGAACCAGAACCAAUUCAAAAGCUUCAAGAUCUUGUUAACAAAACCACCUGGAAGAAGUGUUGUUUCUCAGGAGAUGGUGAAUACAUUUGCGCCGGAAGUGCGCGCCAGCACGCGCUUUAUGUUUGGGAGAAAUCCAUCGGCAAUCUCGUGAAAAUCCUUCACGGAACUAAGGGCGAACUUCUGCUGGAUGUUGUUUGGCAUCCAGUCCGUCCAAUCAUAGCCAGUAUUAGCUCGGGAUUGGUUUCAAUCUGGGCUCAAAAUCAGGUGGAAAAUUGGUCCGCUUUCGCACCGGAUUUCAAAGAACUUGAUGAAAAUGUGGAGUAUGAGGAACGGGAGUCAGAGUUCGACAUCACCGAUGAAGAUAAAUCGGUUGAUCUUGCUGCGGAGUCCAAGCACGAUGAGGAGGUCGAGGUGGACGUUGUUUCUGCCGAACCAAUCGCGGCUUUCUGUUCCUCGGAUGAGGAGUAUGAGGACGAAAAUGCACUGCAAUUUCUACCGAUGGCUCCGGAAGUUGAAGAUCCCGAGGAUGGCUGGGGGUCGCAGGAUAAUUCGGAAACGUUACUAACAGGCUUCAAUAACAACCCGACCGAACAUGAUCCGCUCUCGAUGAAGGAAAAUGAACCUGCUUCUAAGAAACGUAAAGCCAGUUUAUAUGAUAUUGCACUAGAUAAUGCUCCGAUUGAAGAUGUUCACCCUCUUCUGCAGAACAAGGCAAACAAGGAUAAAGUGACUGCCGCUAAUAAAAAGACAGCAGGUCGACCUAGAAAGUAGUGUUUUUUCUCACACAUUCGUUAGAGUUCAGUUUUCUGUGAUCUGCGAUGGUUUACUAUUCAAAACCGGUACAAAUUCAGAUUCGUAAUGAAAACAUUUUUAGUCUACAGAGAUGAACAUGAAUUUCAUUUGUUUGAUUUGUAAAUAAAUCUACUUCAGACAAACGAAGCUUCGAUAAAUAGUAACAGUACAAGUUCUAUAUAGAGUUAUCUUUAUUUUCCUAGUAAGGUGAUACACUGAUCGCGUACAAUUCCACAGUUUACGCGCAGUGACAGAAUGCCAUUAAAUACAAACAAAUUCAUUUGACUACCGCUACUGUUGAUGAAUACACAUCUAAAAUUGUUCAUCAGGUGACUUUUUGUAACACAAAGAGCUUCUCUUCUGCUGCUAUUGCUAAGCACGUUUCAAAAACGUUGCUAUCGAAUUACAUCGACAGAUGGGUGAACACCAAAGAGAUUCGGACAGAGUGGACUCUACGACGUGCUGUUGUUUUCCAUUUCUGUUCGGGCAAAUUCCUGUAUCUUGUUGGUUAGAAAUGUCAUUAGAAAUCGUCGCCGCUGGUCCCGCUCGCCAUCGGUGUAAGCAUACACAUCGUUCCCGGUUGGCGUUCGAACUAUCGGUGUCUGGCUGCGGAUCAUUAGCCGACCAAAAACGGUUGCUGCAACGAUGAAUGGGAAAAAUCUAUAGAAUUAUACGAAAGCUAAGAAAAAGUAGAAACGCACCUAAAACCUCCAAGCGUAUGCUGGGAUUACGUCGACGCAGUUCUAUGAGGAACAUGCAGAUGUAUAGAAACACCAGCUUGUGAACGGGUUUUAGCUUCGUCCGAAUGAGUUCCUUGCAGCGCUCGUAGUUGUCCGCAUAGACGAUGCACUCUCGUUCGGUGAUGGUAACUACCGGAUCGGGUAAAGAUUCUAGAAGAAUUAGAAGAGCUUCUGCUGCGGUCUUAGGAAUACCCGCUGAUAUUGUGAAUAGUUAAGGAAAAUAUAUGAAUA